AUGAUCUAAUCUCUGGAUCUUGUUUAUAAUAAACAUGUGCUUGUCAAAUCUUAUCAUCAUGUCUCUUGGUUUCUUACAGAGAUUAAAUCUUACUUGGAUAUGGCCUUGGGAUCUGCUGUUUCACCAAAUGGUUCACAACCAAUUCUCUUGAGUGUUUCACCGCCUUACAGAAGAAGACCUAGCCGGCGAAAGACAGAAACUUCGAAGGAUGGUAUCAAAACUCUCAGGUGGACUGCAACAAUUGUAGCAACUCUGACGUUUGUUAUAUAUUACAUAUGUACAAAGCUUUACAUCAGUUCUGCUACAGAUUUAAGCAUCGCAGGUUUUAUCAAAACAGCAGUGUUCACGGUUUGUAUGCUGUGCAACACCGUUCCAAUGAUUUUUUCUGUUGAAGCUAUAGUUCAUCUUACCCGGCCAGAACGUCCGAGUGGUUUUGGUUUCAAAGUUGAAGCUAAGAUAGGAGCCUUUGCACUUGUAACAGUUAGUUUUGUGUCUAUAUUGGUUGCUUGUUUGUCUUGUGGUGAUCCUUCGUAUAUGGCAUUACUUCUUCUAUGUUUAAGCACAUUAGUGAUUGGUUUUGUAAACAGUUUCCAUGAUUAGACACAUUCAAUGAAUAAAAGGAUAGCCAUGAUCCAAUGAGGACCAAAUUGUCAUCAACUUAAAUUUAGUGGGUCAUUUCAUAAUUGUGAAUAGUUUAUAAAGUCGAAGUCGUCGCCGUUGCAAAAAGAAAAACAAUCAACUACUAGGGAUAUUAAAACUGGUAUGUCCUGCACGUUUAUGUCCGUUAAGAGCAUGUUUACAUUUUUUAAAAAUUGCUUGCUCCGUAUUUCUCAGUUAAGAAUUACUCAAGUCUCCCAGCAAUCUGUCAAAUGUAUCAGCUAAAAUACAAUAAUCCAUAAACUUAACAUUGCUUAAUCAAGUCAACGAACUAAACCUAUUAUUCAAUUUCCUUCCUUGGCAAGCUAAAGCAUCUCUGGUGAUUGGUACGCACAUUCAGAGUUUUUUCUUUCUUAUUUGAUCAAGUCAAUUUGCUUGGAAAAUUUCAAAACUGCAUCAUCUCUCCUUCCUCUUUCAUCGACUAGCUUUUAAAACGUCUGAGGUAAUCUUCAUCAUCAUCUUUUUGUAUUUGUCGACGUCUAUGAUCCAACUUUUGAAUCUGGCUUUUAGAAACAUGUGCUUGUCAUCAGAUCUUAUCAUCAUGUCUCUUGAUUUCUUACAGAGAUUUAAUCAACUUGGAUAUGGCCUUGGUGGGUGGUAUCAAAACUCUCAAGUGGACUGUAAAAAUUGUGUUAACUUUGACAAUUGUUAUAUAUUACACAUGUACUAAGCUUUACAUCAGUUCUGCUCCAGGUUUAAGCAUCACAGGUUUUGUCAAAACAGCAGUGUUCACGGUUUGUAUGUUGAGCAACACCGUUCUAAUGUUUUUUUCUCUUGGCAAAAUAAUUUUUCUUAUCUGGCCAGAACAUCCGGAUGAUCUUGUUUUGAGAGUUGAAGCUAAGCACAUAAAAGCCUUAGCACUUGUCACAGUUACAUUUCUAUCUUUGUUGGUUGCUUCUAGGGUCGGAGUUUGACUUGUGUUGAUCCUUCCUAUAUGGCAUUCCUUCUUCUAUGUUUAGACAUAAGUGACUGUUUCUGAUUUGUAAUACUCAUAUGUUUGGUUUUGUAAACAGUUUCCAUGAUUACACAUUCAAACGAAUAAAUAUUGGCAAAAGAUCAUUACCAUAAUCUAUUGCCAAUCCACAUUUGUCUAGAUAAUUGUUUCUGAUUUAUAACUGUUUCUCUAAUUAAUAAUUAUAUGAAUAAAGCCAUGUUUCCAAUGAGGAGUAAAUUGUCAUCAACUUAAAUUUAGUGGGUCAUUUCAUAAUUUCGAAUAGUUUCAAACAAAUAUAAAAAGACGAGACCUUCUUGCAUGAUCGAUCGAUCCACUGUAUACGAGAGGAUCAAACAUCAACAUCGAAAGAUCGAAUCUUUCUACAAUGGAGAAAGGAGUUCCGGUAGAACUAACUAGAGGGUCUGCUAACUGGGCCAGAGUGGUGGAAGAGAUCGUGAAGCUGGAGAAGAAAACGUUCCCUAAACACGAAUCUCUCGCUCAAACAUUCGACGGAGAGCUCCGCAAGAGAAACGCCGGUUUGCUAUACGUGUCAUCCGACGGAGAGACUUUGGGAUAUGUCAUGUAUGCUUGGCCGUCUUCUCUCUCCGCUUCCAUCACCAAGCUCGCAGUGAAGGAGAGUUGCAGGAGACAAGGCCAUGGAGAAGCAUUGCUAAGAGCAGCUAUUGACAAGUGCAGAAGCAGAAAGGUACAACGGGUCUCACUUCACGUCGACCCCACGAGGAUUGCUGCUGUGAAUCUGUACAAAAAACAUGGGUUCCAAGUAGAUUGUCUGGUGAAAAGCUACUACUCGGCAGAUAGGGAUGCUUACAGAAUGUACCUUGAUUUUGAUGACUCUGUUUAGCCAGAAAGAUUUAUUGGGGAUUAUCAAAUCCAUGGUGAAACAUUUGUUUGGAUAGUGAAUCAAUUUUCUUGUACACACUCGUUAAUUACUCUCCACAUCAAUAUACUAAACUAUUUAUUUGCUGUCUA